AUGUGUUUUCGCCGUUGUCAACCUCUGCCGGAGAAUCCCCAUUCUCCACAAGUCAAUGGCGUCGAAGAAUGCAAAAUGGCUUGCGAAAGUACAUAUGGUAGAGCAGGAAAUCUCUAUCUCAAACUCUCAGCUUACGAUAUCGGUAGUCCCGUACUCAGCCCUGCACCCAUAACCGAAGGAAAAUUGAAACGACUCCAAGGGGUGUUGCCUGAUUUCUUGAAAACCAAGGCUAUCUACAACAACGUCACUCUAGAUACAAACUUGUUUAACGAUGCUAAAACGGAAGAAGAAGCACGAGAAUUGCAGAUAUUUAACCCUGCUUGUUUAGUCAUUGCUACAAAUAACUUCAGCUUGACAAAUAAAUUGGGAGAAGGGGGAUUUGGGCCAGUUUACAAGGGAAAUUUGCACAACGGACAGGAAAUAGCAGUGAAAAGAUUAUCACAAAGCUCUGGACAAGGUAUCGAAGAGUUGAAGAAUGAGAUUAUAUUGAUCUCCAAACUUCAACACCGUAACCUUGUGAAACUGCUGGGAUGUUGCAUUGAAGGAAAUGAAAAGAUGUUAAUAUAUGAGUACAUGCCCAACAAAAGCCUGGAUGCAUUUCUAUUUGAUCCCAGGGAAAAUGCACGACUAGAUUGGGAUACACGCUUCAAUAUUAUUGGAGGGAUUGCUCGAGGGCUUCUUUACCUGCAUCGUGAUUCUCGGUUAAGAGUUAUACAUAGAGAUCUCAAAGUUAGUAAUAUUCUAUUAGAUGAAGACAUGAACCCGAAAAUUUCAGAUUUUGGCAUGGCACGAAUUUUCGGUGGGAAACAGACCAUAGCAAAUACCACCUGGGUUGUUGGCACAUUUGGCUAUAUGUCUCCAGAAUAUGUAACAAAAGGGACAUUUUCGAAGACAAGCUAA